AUUGGUUAUGAUCAGGUGUGUAACACAUAGUAAAAUUUUACGCAGAUCUACUAUUAGAGAUACUGAAUACGGGUUUUUCAUGCCAUUAAUAGCUACUGCAUUCAUCAAAGCAAUUAGUGAUACAAAUAUGCAGGCCUCUGCAGAAAUGGUAAAUAAAGAUACGUGCACAAGAUGGUAG